AUGGCAUUACAACAAUUGGAAGCUGCUAGGGUGUCAGCCGAGGCACACCAGAGACAAUAUGUGGAAUUAAUGAACGGUGGUGCAAGAAUUUCCACUGACCAUUUUUAUAUUCCACCUACUCCAAUACAUGAAUGGAGCCUGGAGAAUUUUCUUCAACACCAUCCAGCUAAAUUCUGUGGCAAUACUAGUGCCGAUGAAGCAGACCAAUGGUUUAGAGAUAUGGAGAGGAUUUUCAAUGCCAAAAACUGCCUAGAAGAGAAUAGAUUGGCUUAUACUGAAUAUUUAUUAUCAGGAGAGGCUAGUCACUGGUGGACCAGUACAAGGACAUUGUUGGAAAGGAGUGGUACCCCAAUCACCUGGAACUUAUUCAAGAAGAAGUUUUAUGCUGAAUAUUUCCCUGACAGUGUAAGGUUUACCAAAGAAGUGGAGUUUCUUCAGCUAGUGCAAGGGGGAAUGUCCGUGACGGAAUAUGCUGAUAAGUUUAAGCAUCUGAUCCGCUUCCACACUCUGGAUAUGGAUGAAGAAUGGCAAUGUAGGAAGUUUGAAAAUGGCCUUGGAGGAGAUAUCAAAUUGCUAGUAAAAGGUUUAUGUAUUAAAGAGUUUCCUACAUUAGUGGAGAGGGCCAAAGUGUUAGAAAAGACCAAGAAUGAAGUGCAAGGUCAACAAAGACAGCCACAGAGGAUUGGUGGACCAUCUGGAUCCAAGUUCAGUCAUGGAGACAAGAGGAAACCUUAUUCUAAACCUCCUUUUCAAGCAAUCAAAGGACCUUCGUUUCAUCCAUCAAGUCAAGUAGGACAAUCUAGCAUGGUGAAGUGUUUUCACUGUGGAGGACCACAUUAUAAGUCUGUUUGCCCUCAAUUAGUUGGUCCUAUGAAGUGUUAUACCUGCGGGAAGGAGGGACAUUUUGCCAGGAAUUGUCCCACAUCUGAAGGAUCAAGGCUUCAACAACCAACUAAUCAGCCUCAACAGAUGACAGAUACCAAACCUCAGGCUGUGGGCAGAGUGUAUGCGAUGACUGGAGCGGAGGCAAUUGGGCCAGGUAAUCUUAUCAUCGGCAAUUAUUUACUGUUUGGGAAAGCUUGUUGUGUUUUGUUUGAUUCUGGAGCUACGCACUCCUUUGUUUCUGAUGAUUGUGUGCGAGAGUUAGGACUGCCUGUGAGUGAGCUACAGUAUGACCUAAUAGUAUAUACUCCAGCUUCUGGCUUAGUUAAGACAUCUCUAGCAUGUACUAGAUGUCCUGUAGUAGUAGAGGGAUGCCAAUUUAGAGUUAAUCUUAUCUGCUUACCUCUACAAGGUUUAGAGGUAAUUUUAGGAAUGGAUUGGCUAACUUCCAAUCACAUUCUCUUAGACUGCGGUGCAAAGAGAUUGUUAUUUCCUCAAGAGGAAGAGUCAAGGAUAUUAUCUUCGGGGAAAUUAUGGCGCGAAGUACAAGAAGGGUCGUGUUGCUUCAUGGUGUUGACACACAUGAAGGUUAACCAGAGUGGAGGGAGCAUGGAUCACUUAGUGGUGACUGAUUUCAUGGAUGUGUUUCCUGAAGAUGUACCGGGACUGCCUUCUCAAAGAGAGAUUGAGUUCUCAAUCGAUCUGAUACUAGGCACCAGACCAGUAUCAAUUGCUUUGUAUCGGAUGGCUCCAGCUGAAUUAACAGAAUUGAAAAAGCAGAUAUGA